AGAAGAGUGAAACGAGUCACUGACCCGCUCGACGACAGGGUCAAGGCUCAACUCGUCGGCGCCGGUUAUUUCAGCAGCGGAAGCGAACACUCUGCCUCCUCCACCGUCGUCGGAGAUGACUCUCCUUCCCUCUCUGAACUCGUUCAUAGUUUCCUCCAAGAUAACCACGAUGCCGCCGAUCAACGGGAUGGUAAUGAUACUUACGCCGCUGACGCCGAUUUAGUCAUUUCAGACCUUGAUGAUACGGCGCAAUGCUUCCUUAGUAGAUUGUGAGAAGCAUGAUCCGGAGGUGAACGAGGAUACUGAAAAGAACUUCACAGAACUUCUGACUGAAGAACUGAAGCUAAGAGAAGCUGAAGCUUUGGAAAGUCAGCAACGGGCCGACAUGGCGUUACUCGAGGCUAAGAAGAUAGCAUCACAGUAUCAAAAGGAAGCAGACAAGUGCAGUUCAGGUAUGGAAACAUGUGAAGAAGCAAGGGAGAAAGCCGAAGCAGCACUGGUGGCUCAGAAGAAGUUGACAGAGAUGUGGGAAACAAGAGCUCGUCAAAAAGGGUGGAGAGAAGGUGUUGCUAAAUCUCAUACAAACUCGCAAGGUAAUGUCCAAGCUGCCUGAAUGAUCUUACAUGCUCAGUGCUAUUGCAUCUUACUGCAAAAUCGGUCCUAUAGUCAAGAAUUCCAGAGUUAAUCUUAUAGGUAGUCUAAUUAAGUUCGUGUUUGAUCUUUAAGUAUAGUUACCCUUGUUUUUCGUAAUUCCACAUUUCCACUUAAAGAUGUUGGUGUUUUGGGUGA